AUUGCGAAGUAGCCGAAAGAAAGCGCCUGCAGUACCGAAGCAACCGAGGGAGUCAGGGUGCAACACAUCUCUGAAAGUAAUGAACUCGUAAUGAAUUCACCUUGGGUAGCCGCUUCUAUGGAAUUGUGGAUUCAAGCAAACGGCCAAACCUAACCUUAGCAUCUUAUAUCUGUUAUUUAUUUAAUAUGUAUAUAUUUAGAUGUAUUUGUUUAUACAAUUUUUCGUUCCUGCAUUAGUGGGGGUUUUAAAGUAUCGCUUAAACAUAAAGAUGUAACUGUCCUAGUUAAAAUAGCAUAAAGGAUCUGAAGAAAUGGAAUUUCAGCAUGUUACAGAAGCCACAGGCUUAUUACAGAAUGGAAUUUUGGUUGCAACAAAUAAAGGAUUAGUGUGUAUGUCAUUAACUGAUGCAGUAUCAUCUGAUUUAAAUUUAUCUGUAGAGGAUUUAAAAACAGUGGCCGAGCAGUUAAUAUUACAAGACGAAUUUCAUAAAGAGGGAUCUGAAAAUGUCGCCUAUUCAUUUGCACACCCGCAUUGUUCAUCAGAUACCACUCUGGAUAGUGAUGAUCCUGCAAGCGAUUGGGGACGAAAUAAGCAUAUGUCGCAGGUACAUGAUAAUUCACCAACUGUUAUGCAAAACUAUACAGAUAAAUUGACACAUUUGAAAAUUGAUAAAAAACAUUUACAAGCAGUUGUAAUUGAUCACUGUAUGUCCAACGUGUCUGAUUCCGAUACGAAUAGCGUUAUUACAAAUAAUUUGAGCGAUGGAACGACUGAAAGUUCAGCAGUAGAUUUUGCGCACUCCGUAGGAGUAGACAUUUCCAUAGAAGCUAGUAAAAUUUCUGCGAAAAGAAGAGGGGGAUGGCCCAAAGGGCGCAAACGUAAGCCGCAGCUGUUACACUUACCGCCUAAAGCUCCAGCAACUGGAUAUAACCUGUACCUAAAUGAUAUGCGCAAGCAAUUCAAAGCAAGUUCACUUGCAUUUCAUGAAAUUACCAAAAUCAUCGGAAAUAAGUGGUCUAGUUUAAGUUUAGAGGAGAAGAAACCAUAUUUAGAGAGGGCAGAAGAAGACAAGAAGAGAUAUAGAGAAGAAUUGCGAACUUACAGGCAGUCCGGAUCAUACCAGCUGUAUCUCGCCAAGAAAAGAAAAGCAAGAGUUCAGAACAAUGUCCUGUCUGAGAGUGAUAUGGAUGCAACUGAUGAUAUUGAUGAUGAAGAUAAUGAGGAAUUGUACUGUAGAACGUGCGAUCAAUGGUUUCACAAUUUGCACAACAAGCGUGAGCAUCUUCAGGGACGACAACAUGUUCAAGCUGUUGUUGGUGAUAUGAAACUAGAGUUAGGAGUGGAAUAUUAUAACAAGUGUAUGGUUGGUACCACCUGUCCUUCUGUAAACGAAAUUACUUUAGGAGCGACGGCCGAUCAGAAUCAAUAUGCUACAAGUCAGCGUAGUGUUUCGGAAUCAAUGUCUAAUUUGAUGACUGUUAUAACAAGUCGUGAGAAGGAGAUCAAAACAUUACAUAUGAGAGUAUCAGAAUCAAAGGCAGAGAAUGAAGCACUUUACAAUCAACUUUGUUCGCUAAGGGAGAGAGAGGCUACUUUAGUAUCAGAACUAAGUUCCUUAAAGAAGUUGGAGGAUGAUAUGGAAAUGAAAAUGUUUGAACUUUGGAAAGUACCUAGUUUGUUUGUUACUACCGAAUUAACUUUAAACUGCUCUGAAAAUUAAUGUAUUGGUUAACUGUUUUUAUGUGAAAUGAUACAUAUUCUAGUCAUAAAAGGGGGUUGGUACCAGCAUAAAUUUACUUGAACACAAUAGUAAUAUAAUUUACUAUCAAUAGUGGUUUUCGUGUCAUGUAAAGUUACUUCAAAACGACAUGAGUUAUUGGACAGAAAUCCUUGUUCAAAAGAACGAAUUUAGGCAAUGGUUAUGUCAUAUAUCAUAGGUAGUGCUGGUCGAUAAAUGAAAUUGUUAUUGAUUUAUCGAUAAAUCUGUUUAGUCCGAUAAUUAUCGAUAACUUUUGAUAAUGAUCAUAAUCAAUUAUUAUUGACACCUGUCGAAAAUUGUCAAUGUCCGAUAAGUAUGGAUUAAUUGAUAAAUAGUGAUAACAAUCGAAAGAAAACUUUUAAUACGUUUUCAUAAAUCUUAUCGAUAUAAAUCUAUUCCCAAUAAGUAUAACUAUAUCAUCCAUGCUUAGACUCGCUAACAUUUUUCCUUUUUUGGUAUUGAUAUUGCGAGAGAUAAUUUAAAUAAAGACAGGAUCUCUUGAAAAAUAUUAAAACAAUUUUAGGUUUUUUGAAAUCAAAGGUGAUCAAGUAGACGAUAAUUCUCAAGAAUUUGGCACGUCCUUCAAUAACUUUUGUUAAAGGUUAAGGUAUUAGUUUUUAACAGAAACAGUAAUUAAGCAUAAUAAUUCAGAUCAACCAGCAUGAAGUAUGUUGUGAUUUGAGAUCAUAUUUUGUAAGUGUCAUGCCAACUCCGCAAUGCCCUUAAGAGGAUUGGAGGCCACCUGAGUUUUUAACGCUUAAACAAACAGGCCCCUUACGUCUCCAUCGGACGUGUUACCACAAUUCUCAUUUCAGUGUAAUCUUCCAUCUAUCUGCGUAAAUUCAUCUCUGUCACACAAAUAGUGUUGCAUAAAGCGCAGUUUAGACGCUACUAUCUUGGCUUCGAUAAAUCGUAACGAUCUGAUUGACCAAUUUAUCGUUCAAUAAAUCGAAAGAGUGCGUACUGUUUACAUGUAACGAUUUCUUGUUCCAAUCUCAUUGUCGAUCACGGUUUAAUACAGUUUUUAUUUUUUUACUUUUCAACUUGUCUUUUGGUUCUGUCCACUAAUAUAAAUUAUACUCGCAUUUUAUUGCUUACAUUGCUUGCUUACAAUAGACUCUUAAUCUCGAUUAUGAUUUAUGAGUAGCCAUGUGUCGCUAAAUAUUUUUUUUGGGUGGCCAAACUUGAUCGCCACUCGCCAAAUGUAAAACGUGUGCGCUAGAGACAGUCUAAGUAGCCCAAAUGGAUACAAAAAUGGUUCACGUCGGCAACAUUAAUCACAAAUCGUAGCGAUAAAUCGCUGUUAUUGUUUACACGUUCCAAUUUAUCGCUACGAUUCGCAGAAAUUGAAGCCGGCCGCCAUCAACCAUCCAAUCCAAUUCCAAUUCCGAUAAAUCGCUACAAUCCUCUGUUCACGCGCAACGAUAAAUCGUAACGAUUCGAUCGUUACGAUAAAUUGUUACAAUUUAUCGUAGCGUCUAAACCGCGCUUAAUAGGCGCGUCCUAGUAGCAUGCGCUUUUUACACUGUGGCAACACUGCUGCGCUUUGACAUUUGAGUGAUCAAAGCAAAAUACAAAGGUUAGAUCAAGUUCAACUUUUACAGAAUUUGCAACAAAAAUGAUAGCUUUAGUUUGAAUCCUAAUUGCUUUUGAAAUUGAGGCUCGCCUCUAUGGCCUCCCAUAAUAAAUAAAAGUGUGGUAAUAAGAAAUAAUUAUUUUAUUAAUUAGUCUGAAUAAAAUGUCUUUCAAAUCCACAUUUCCAAUAGUAACCAUAUUCAGUAUGCAUAGCUUAAACUGAAGGUUCCUCAAAUGGUUCAUGAAGUCAUAGUUACAAUUACAUAUUGCUUAUACUCAGUAUACAAUGCAUAAAAUAAUUAAAAAUAUCAAUUUUGGGAAAUAAAAUAUGAUCCAAUCGCUGUACUAGUGAACUGCAAUUGUUUAAUAGGUCUUUUUGGUAUAAUAUGUGGUCUGUCCUCGGAACAAGAUAUAAAGACAGAGGACGCAUACGCUACAAUAACGUGAAUGUUUGUUUUGCACCAACUUAACCUCUACGUUUGACAGUGAGAGGCCGAAAGGUAAAUAUUAGUGCACUACUUUUUCCCAUUUCAAAAGGGCAAAUUAUUAAACCCAAUUGAAUAAGUUUUAAACUACAAAAUGAGCUAAAACUGUAAACUGUAAAUAAUUAAAAUAAUAAUUUAGUUUUAAGGUGCUAAAAACAAAGGUUGAUGUACCUCCAAAUAAAUUGUCAAUAAAAAAAAUGCAGAAAUCACAUUUGUAGAAAUAAACAGAAAUACUCUCAAAAAUGCUACAGCGUUGCCGUCGUGACAUACUAACUAACUAACUAAAUUUUCAUAUUAAGCUGUUUAAUUUCGACUUAUAGUUGUUUGUUUUUCACAAUUCGUAUAAAUUUUUAAAAAUCAUCUUGUGAAAUGUGACAAGUUUGCUUUUAAGAAUUGAGGCAUCUUGAGGAUCUGUCACCUAAAUUUGACCAGUCAAUUAGAGUUGUUUUAAUAGAGCAGAUUAGCUAGGUAUUCUUAUUCAACAGGUUAGAUAGGAAACAAUGUUAAAGCCGAAAUUAUCACUUUGAACAUUGAUAUGACACAUUAAUAAACUUAAUGAACAAAAUACAAUGCCAUUACAGCCACUUAAUGUUUGACACAGUUUACAACCUGUAGGAGUGAUUAUUAAUAUGAGAUUCUACAGUAACUGGAAGCACUACUUGUGGCCGUUGAGCUUGCAAAAGUGAACAAAAACACCAAUAAACCACAAUAAUUUAUUAAAACCUCGAACGCAUUUCAACAACAACAAGGCUGUCAUCAUUAGUGAACAACAACAGCAGUUGUUGGCUGAUGAUGACAGCCUUGCUGUUGAAACGCGUUCGAAAUUUUUAUGUUUUAUUGUGUUUAUUGGUGUUUUUGUUUCACUUUUGCGUGAGAUUCUACAGUUACCUGAUUUCUAUUUUUGUAGUAAAAGGAUUUUGUUCUUCUCUUAAUUUUUACAUUUUGUCCUGAAUCUUAUUAUUAUGUGGGAUGUAGAUAGUUUCAGGUAGAACUCGCAACUAUUCGCAAAAACCAUCCAGCAAAUAUGUUUGCUUUCAACAAAGAUCAAAUUGGAAUAUGUAUCAUUAAAGAUAAAAAGUAAACUGCAUACUAUCAUGUUUGAAAAUGUAUGUAAAAGCUUUCACCGCUCUCAUAUUUCUUAAUUAUUAGGUAACAGCAUGUCUUUAUAGGUAGGUACAUGUUAAGAGUGAAUUCUUCAAAGUUAAUUUAAUUUUGGUAUAUAGAAAAUAUUUUAUUAAUAGCGUUGUUAAAAGUAAAUGUGUGUACCAAACACAAAGGUUUACACAGUCUGUGAUAUGCUUAGAUGCAAGAGUGAUGAUAGAAUUCUUUUCAUAUCGGAAUUUAGAAGACCAAAUUACUCCUUACAUUUUAUAGUAAUGUACAAUAUUUACUUCAUGUAAUGAUGUAAAAAAACAUAAUUGUCUAACUGCUUUGUAUAAAUUAUUGGAAACAUAAUAAAUAUAAUUUAAAUAUCUGAUUACGGCAGAACAUUUUGAAUCA